AUGGUUUGUCAUUGGAUUUUAAUAGUGUUUUUAAUUAAACUUUUGGCGGUGGAUUUUGCUACGGGUUCCGCCAUAAAUGUGAAUAAAUUCUAUGAGAAAUUAAUCAAGGCAAAUCUGAAUGAAUCGGUGGAUCCAUGUGAAAAUUUCUAUGAAUAUGCCUGUGGAAAUUGGUAUCGCAAUUAUGAUGGUGGUAAAGCGGAAUAUAUUGAUAUGCCGGGCUAUAUGGAUUAUAAGGUGAAUCAACAAUUUAAGGAGCUAAUGGCCGGGGGAAAUGAUAUGAAAUGGAAAACUGGAGUGUAUCAAAAAGCCAAGCAUUUAUAUGAAGGUUGUGAAAAUGUGGAGCAAUUGGUGUUGAAUCAAUUUCUGGCUGCAGUGGAAAGCGAAGUGGAAAUGGAAUGGCCCAUAUUUACUCUGGACAAUGAAGAUAAAUGGCUAAAUGCCAGUAAUUUUGAUUGGCAGCGAGUUUUGGCGGUAUUGAGAAGAUAUGGCUUGAAUGGCAUAUUUCUAACCCAAAAUGUAAAUGUUAAUCCACGUAAUAGUUCUCAAUACUUUUUGGAAAUUUCCCAACAUUAUGAGGGCGCUUCUGUGCUGGAGCCCGACGAUGUUGAGAACAUUUUCAUAAAUUUCGGAAUGGAUCACAAUGCAAGUCAUAGUCUGACCAAGGAGAUAAUUGAAUUCGAAACGACUCUCAGUAAUUUGUCGAAAAUUGUGUUUGUCAAUGAAACUGAGAGCAGAAACUAUGCUGAUAAUUUCCAACAAAUGCAUCUGAAAGAGCUGCAAGAGAGCAUACCCGAAAUUGAUUGGAUGAAAUAUUUCCAAAUUGUUUUGAACACCACCACCACCACCAAGCCGGAGGAUUUGAGCAAUUUAACAAUACAAACAUUUGCUUUAACUCCUGAAUUUUUCUCCAACCUCAAGGAGUUGCUGGAGGGCUAUUCCAACGAGACCAUUGCCUAUUAUAUAAUGCUGAAAUUUAUGUAUUAUAUAAAUGAUAAUUUACCCUAUGGCCGGCAAAGGAAUUGUGUGAAAUAUAUACGAAGCUAUAUGCCCGUUUUUAUGAAUUACCUAUACGAAGAACAAUUUUUCAAAAGCAAACGUUUGGAAGUGGAAAAAAGUCUGGGUCGAAUGUUCGAUAAUCUUAAGAAGUCGUUUGAAUCCCUGGUCAAGGAUAACCAUUUAAAAUUAAAUACACAAGAACAAAAUUUCAUCCUAAAAGAACUGCACCAUAUGCAGUUGAAAAUUGGUAACCUACCACGUAAUUGUAGCGAGGAAUUUGUUGAAAAGUUCUAUGAAAAAUUAAACGUAAAUAGCAGUGAUUUUAUUCAGACCCAUUUGAAUGUUUUGAGAUUUAUGAAUGAGCUGCAUUACCGCAACUUAGAAGCAAAGCCCACAACCAUUGCCGAUAAAGUCUAUCACUUGGACACCGCCUCGUUAAGCUCCUCAUCGCCAGUGAAAAUAUUUGAAAAUGCCAUAUUAGUGCCACAUGGCUAUCUGCAGUUGCCACUCUAUGAUACUCGCCUCCAUCAACUUCAUCAAUAUUCCCUGCUGGGCUUCAUCAUGGCCCAUGAAAUAAUCCACGCCUACGACUUAUUUCACAUUAUCUAUGAUCAUGAGAGUAAUUACGAUUAUCUUGGAUCUAAGGUGGCCCAUCAUUUUACACCCCAUCUAAAAUGCUAUUCGCACAGUGCCCGUUCAGAUAUUGCCUCGGAAAACAUAGCCGAUGUCUCAGGUCUGCGAGUGGCCUUUAACUACUAUCAAACAAUAAUGGACGAUUCUAAAGAUGAGAUUGCUUUUCCUUUUCUCCGCCUCACCAAAGAACAAUAUUUCUUUGUUAACUCUGUGCAAUUUCUCUGCGCUGAUAUAUAUAAAAUUGCAGCAUUGGGUUUGAAUACUACCUCAGAUUUGGCGCAUGACAUGCACGACAAGAGGGUGCAACAGAACUGGUCAAAAUAUGGGGAAUUUUCGUUGGCCUUUAAUUGUUCGCCUAAAUCGAAGAUGAGUCCACCCGAAGAAUCUUGUCGGAUAUGGUGAUGGUACUGGGGGUAUUUUUUUUUCUUCUUAACAUUUGUAAUUAUUAUUAAGCCUUUUUAUUUACAA